CUGUCUAUUGUCAGCUCUUUUUGUAGUAAACCACUAAAAUGAUAAGCGUGAGUGAGAUUUGGGUACCAAUGUUAUGGAUGGUUGGUUUCAAUACAUUUGCCUCGAUAAUACUAGUUUCAGUGCUAAUGAAAUACCCGAAACAUGCAAUGAUUGGUCUGAACAGACUUCUAUGUUUGAUGCUUGGCUUUUCAAGAAAGACUUUAUCUUUGGAUUCUUCAUUUACCUUCUCCUACAUUGAACGAGGUGCACCUCAUCCAAAAACACCCACAAUCCUUUUCGUGCAUGGCUUUAGUUCUUCCAAAGAGUGUUUCUUGCAGACAAUAAAAUAUUUACCAAGGACGUACCAUAUUAUUGCAUUUGAUUUACCUGGCCAUGGUGAAACGACGUUAAAGGAAAAUGAUGAUUGCGAUGUUUGGUAUUUUGUGAGAUACAUGAAAAAGUUCGUAGAUGCAUUGGGUAUAUCGAAAAGCAAAUUUCAUAUAGUCGGUACAUCCCUUGGUGGUCAUUUUUCUGGAGUGUAUGCUUCACAGUAUCCGGAAGAUUUAAUUUCACUGUCGUUUUACUGUCCUUCUGGUGUUUCAUUUGAAAAAGAGACGCAAAUGAAGGACGAGGCUGAACGCACUGGUAGUUUCAUUCUGUUACCGCAAAAUAUGGAAGAAAUUCAUCAAAUGUUUGAUUUUAUCACGUAUCAGAAAGUUAAUAUACCGAACAUAUAUAUGUCAGGUCUUCUACAGAUGAGGCUCGAACAAAACCACUUUCUCAGAAGACUUUUAGAAACAAUGAUAAAACCAGGAAACUUCCAUUUGUUAGAAGAGAAUUUAGAGAAAAUACAGACACCCUUGCUUUUAGUUUGGGGCAAGGAAGACAAGUGUCUUCAUGUGGAGUGUGUGGAUACGAUAAAAAAGAAACUACCUGUUUCACCCAAAACUGUUAUUAUACUUGACGAAGUUGGACAUUCGAUACAAUUAGAAAGACCGAAAAAAGCUGCAGAAAUUCUGGUGAAAUUUUUAGAUAGUUUUUACUAACUGAUAUACUUAGUUUUAGACAAUUUUAUUAUAUUUUAAUUUGCAAAUAAUUUUUUAAAAAACUUUUUACUGGGAGAGAGAGAGAAAAAGAAAGGGAUAAUUCUUACUAAUUAUGUGAUAUGUUUGUGUUCUGUCGCAUGGUGUACUUUGUUUAUAGUCACUGUUAGAAAAUUUCGCAAUAAAAAAAAAUUAAUUUAAAGCAAUCAUUCUUUUUUGAAAUUUAAUUCGCAGAAUUUGAUUCGUGAUUUUACGAAAAAACGUAAAGCAC